AUGGCUGCCAUGUGCGACAAAAGUGACAAAGGGGGUGUGAUGGGCGACGGCGCUCCCAUCCAUCGCAUUCGCAUUACCCUCACCUCCAACGUCAAGUCACUGGAGAAGGUGUGCUCUGAGCUUGUGAAGGGAACAAAGGACAAGCAGUUGAAGGUUAAGGGACCAGUCCGUAUGCCCACCAAGACAUCGCGCAUCACCACCCGUAAGACUCCUGCGUUGAAGGUUCAAGACUUGGGAUCGUUUCAGAUGAGAAUCCAAAGCGUGUCAUUGAUCUCCUCCCCAUCAGAAGUGGUGAAGCAGAUUACCAGCAUUAACAUUGAACCUGAUGUGGAUGUUGAAGUAACCAUUGCAGAAUAAAUCUACCUGAAGAUUGUAGUACA